AGAAGAAGAAGUAGAGCGGAAAUGACGUCACUCAAACUCCACAACAAUAGUCUUCAAACCAGUGGUUUGAGAGUUUGUCAAGGUAGAAAUCUGCUCGGAGGUUAGGAAACAAUCGCCCAGGAUGAGAUCAACCAUCAGCGCAGACUAAAUUCAAGCAGCAGCUCAUCACAUAAGUGCGUCCCUUUGAUUUAAACGACUUCUCAAAACAGAAUGAAGAGUAAGGAUGAGGAGGUUCUCACAGACCAACAGGUCUGUAACAAGGAGAGGAGCUCCAGUCUGAAGCAGGAGGACCCAGAGCCUCCUCAGAUUAAAGAGGAACAGGAGGUUGAACACAUCAUCGUCUGGACCGGGCAGGAGACGCUCAGACUGCUUGAUACCAUCUGGAAACCUGAAAUAAAGAUACAAAGCAAAGACAUUUCAGAUCAAAAGAUCUGUAAGGAGGAAGAGGUUCCUGCAGACCAACAGGUCUGUAACCAUGAAAGGAUCUCCAGUCUGGAUCAGGAGGAUCGAAAGCCUCCAGAAUUUAAAGAGGACCAGGAGAAACCCUGCACCAGUCAGGAGGGAGAGCAGCUUCUUCUAAAGGACACUAAUAAAUUUAUGGUGACUUCAACUUAUGAGGAACCUGAACCAAGCAGUGACCUCCUUUCUAACAACUGUCCUCAGCCAGAGUGGAGCCAAGACCAGGAAGAAAGUGAGAGUGUGCACUCAGGAUCAACUACAAAUGCAAACACAAUGAGGAAAAAUCAGAGAAAGAAAAGUGGAGUAGAGAGCCAGCUCAGAUCAGAUAGUCAGUGUAACCCUGACACAAGUAGAAAGUCUGUAAAAUGUGAGAUUUGUGGAAAAACUUUUCAGUGUAAAUACAAACUAACUGAACAUCUAAGAGUUCACACAGGUGAGAAACCUUAUUCUUGUAGCACCUGUGGGAAAGGAUUAAUUCAGAUGAACAUCUUAAAAACUCACAUGAGAAUCCACACAGGUGAGAAGCCAUAUUCUUGUAGCCUGUGUGGAAAAAAAUUCUGUUACAAACCAGGACUGGAAACUCACAUGAGAACUCAUACAGGUGAGAAACCAUGUUCUUGUAGCGCCUGUGGGAAAAGCUUUCGUCACUCAUCAGCAUUAACAGUGCACAUGAGAAUCCACACAGGUGGCAAACCUUAUUUGUGUGGCACAUGUGGAAAAGGAUUCAGUGAGAUGUACCACUUAAAAAGUCACAUGAGAAUCCACACAGGUGAGAAACCAUAUUCUUGUAGCGCCUGUGGGAAAAGCUUUCGUCACUCGUCAGCAUUCAGAGUUCACAUGAGAAUCCACACAGGUGAGAAACCAUAUUCUUGUAGCGCCUGUGGGAAAAGCUUUAGAGUUGCCUCAUCAUUCGGCGUUCACAUGAGAAGCCACACAGGUGAGAAACCUUAUUGCUGUAGCACAUGUGGGAAAGGAUUCAGUCAGAUGAGGAGCUUAAAAAUUCACAUGAGAAUCCACACAGGUGAGAAGCCAUAUUCUUGUAGCAGCUGUGGAAAAGAAUUCACUAAUAUGGCGAGGUUGAAAACUCACAUGAGAAACCACACAGGCGAGAAGCCACACUUGUGUAACACAUGUGGUAAAACAUUUAGUCAGAUGGCAAACUUGAAAAGGCACAUGAGAAUUCACAGUGUAUGAAAGUGUCAGAGAUGGGGGGAAAGAGUUCACAUGGAGCAGAGUUCAUAGCAAUGCUUCUCUGCAACACGUGAGGGAAAAGAUGAGGUUAAUUUGGUAUUUUAUGUCCAUAACAGUAACAACUGUUUGUUACAUUAAUUCGCUUGUUCCUAUGACGCAUGUUUUUCUUGUUACAGAUAACUGUACAUAUAACAUAACAUAUAACAUGUAUAUAUUAAUUGUAGAUUGGUUAAAAAAAUUAUUAACUACAAUCAGCUUUUUUUUUUUUUUUUUUUUUUACAAAAAAACAUGAUUUAUUUAUUUAUUUUUUUUUAUUGCAAACAUUUAAUUCAUCAGUCAUUCUGGUUUUCCUACAAAGGAUUUGAAGUCAUGCAAGUAAUACCUAAGACCAAAAAUCUGACUUGGUAUCUGACACUGCUUUAUAUAAAUUGAGAAACAAUUUAUUUAAACUCAGAUUUUACAAUGGAAUUUCUCACCCAGUGUGCUUGAAUUUGGGUUUUAUUAAAGAAAAUCUGUUGUAGUCCCAGUACCAUGUUCAAAUUCUUGGGCAAAUCAAAUAAUUUCAAUUGUAUUGUGAGAAAUGUUAAUUUGGGGGCUAUUUUAUAUUCUCGUUUUCACAUGUUCUCUGAUGCAAAUGUAUGUUGACACGUGUGACUUCAUCCUUCAAGAACUGACACUCACCAUGUUGUCUAAUGGAUGUAAAAAUUUUGCCUGUGUUGUUGCCACUUUGGGAGAAGAUGUGCAAAAUAAUUCAGCAAAUUAAAGCAUCAGCUUGUUCCAUCA